CAGAGAGGCAGGCGGUGGCCUACCUCCCAGCGGGCCGCUGGGCUAACCUCGAAGGCAGCGUACACGCGUACUGCAGCCUUGAGGCCCUAGCUACGAGGCUCAGCUUUCCUGCUGCAAAUUGCGCUGCCAGCGCCGCCGCACAGCCAUACUGAAGGCCAGCGCGCGAAAACAGCCAGCGCCCCCGCGCGAAGCACCUACGCGCCCCGAAGCGCCGAAACGCCCGUGGAGCUCCCCUCUCGCUCCACGUAAAACUAAACACGGGCCAUAGUAACAAGCAGCGCCUCGCGCGCCCGCCGAACAACCGUGGAGCGCCUCGCGAUCGACCACAGCGUCACGCCGCCGUCGAUCGGCGGCUCGCCCGCCGAGAUGGACGGCAGCCCGACGUUUGAUGGAGGCUACAGCCCCGCGUCGCUCGACGGCGCCGCCGCGCUCAUCAGCCCGGACGAGGCGCAGGAGAUGGACUUUUGUCGGUCGCCGAGGGCGUCCUUUGGUUCUAGGCGGUCGUCCCAAUCCCCUACGGUCCUAGAUGACGAGGACGACGCGCCGCGCUGCGUCGUGUUGGACUUCGACGGGACGCUGUCGACGCCGAAGUACGUUGAAAGAUUGCAGAACUGGGCCGUCUGCGACAAGGAGGUCUUGAUUUCAUCCUUGACGGACGAGGAGAUUUGGGCGAACGGCGGCGGUGUCCAGCGCGUCGAGUUAAUGAGACAGAUGCUCGAGACGCUCCAACGCCAGGGCUGCGCUCUGUACAUCGUGUCCCUGGGCUUCACGGGCGCGAUCCGGCGCCACCUGGACGUCUGGGGGCUGUCCUCCUACUUCCCCGAGUCGCGCGUCUUCGGCCAGGACUCGCCUUUACUAAUUGAGCGGGACUACGUCAAGGCGGCCUUGAUCGAGAACCUCAUGGCGCGGCGCGGCUGGGCCUUUGGCGAUGUGCUGUUCGUCGACGACAGCCAAAAAAACAUUUCCGAGUGCGACCGCCGCCGCACGUGCGCCACCUACACCGUCGCCGAGAGCGGCCUCACGGAACGCGACAUGGGCGCGGUCUGCGCGGCGCUGCGCGGCAGCUAGCUUUACUCCCGGAAGUCGCGCCUAUGACGUCCGUUGUGGCCUACUGGGUAGGUUACGAUGGACCGAGGAAACCCGCACCCGCAACUUCCCCCGCCACGACGAGGAGCACCGUCCUGGCGGCCCCAAUUCGAACACUUAACCGGCGCCCAAGUCCCCGGCGCCCCGAACGCGCUCGCGAGAGCGUUAUUCCGGUGUGUAUGCCCUCCCCAAUCAAGGCCGGCGCCGACGCGUCGCGAGCCUAACGUCAAACCAGUC